AUGAUGUCCUACCUAAUGUUUGCAAUGGCGAAUGGUGGCACCAAUUUCCAUGGCGAUGACUCUGAAGUGCUGUUUUGUGCACAAGGAUCUCAACAGAGCCGGUCUGGGAUUUUUGCUAUGAGUACUUCUGCUCCAUACUCAACCCGGCCAAUUCUUACAGACUUCUACGGACGGCCUUUCAACUCGGUGAACGACGUUGUGGUGCAUCCGUUGGAUGGCUCGAUUUGGUUCACUGAUCCGGCAUACGGUUAUGGUGAGGGAUAUCGCCCAAAGCCUCGAUUACCAAAUCAUGUAUAUCGAUACGAUCCCUCGACGAAUAGCGUGCGUUUACUUGCGGACGGGUUCGGGCAUCCCAAUGGAAUUUGCUUUUCCCCCGAUCUGGAAACCGUCUAUGUCACCGAUACCGAUGUCAUCCACGGUGACGGGAGCUUAGACGAAACGCGACCGGCAACAAUAUACGCUUUCGAUGUGAUUUAUCGAAAAAACGAUCCAUUCCUAGUGAACCGCCGAGCUUUCGCUAUGGCGGACCAAGGGUUCCCAGACGGCAUCAAAUGUGAUACAGAGGGAAAUGUAUACAGUGGGUGUGGUGAUGGUGUACAUGUUUGGUCUCCAGGAGGUGUCCUCAUUGGAAAGAUUCUUGUGAAGGGUGGGGUAGCCAAUUUAUGUUUUGGUUCUAUGGGCGAGCUGUUCAUACUUAACGGCACGAAGCUUUGGCGCGCGUUACUGGCGGAAACGGUGAAGGGAAGUCUGUUGAAAUAG